AUGAGGACACAGCCAGGACGAGCCGAGACAGCAGAUGGAAUGUCAGUACUGAGCGCUGGUCCACCAGACACCUACGGCCCUCUCUUACCAGCAGUGCUGCAACUUCUGCUACACCUUCGCUUCCAAAUGCCCUUUCUCCUAGCAAAGCUGACGCUUGGCACCAAGCACACUCAGGGGGACGAUCACUCGGCUGGCCCCGGCCCCUCGCCGCGCGGCGUGGGCAGCGGAUCCCGGCGCAGGCAGCGGAUCCCGGCGCAGGCAGCGGAUCCCGGCGCAGGUGGCUCCCCACCCCCGUCCCGCGGCACGGUUCUCCAUCGGUUCCGGCCUCGUGAUUUCCCCGCCCGGCUGGGCAGCGGCUCCGCACCCAUGGGACGCGGCGGCUUCCCGGAGAGGGGGACAGCAUCUCGCAAAGGUCUGCUCUCAAAUGUCUGGUUAUGGCGAGGUGUGGCUGGAGUCCUUACUGCUGCUGUCGUUCUGACUUUGUAUAUUCAGUUUGUAAACCGUUCUUCGGCCAAAGCUUUUCCUGUCUGUCCUUCCCUGGAACUCUGUCCAUCAGGCUGGCUGUAUUUCCAGAGGAAAUGUUACUACCUCUCAGAGAGUGAAGCCAGCUGGAACUCCAGUCAGAGCCUCUGCUCUUUGCACAACGCUUCCCUCCUGGUGAUUGGAAAUCAGGAGGAACUGAGUUUUAUGGUGAAGAUAACAAAGGAAGACCCAUGGAUUGGACUUUAUAAAAGAAAUAAAGAGUUCUUUUGGGUAAAUGGAAACGCUUUAGACAACAAACUGAUUGAAGUAAAAGGCUCUGGGAACUGUGCCUAUCUUGAGUCAAAAGGAGUCUCGGCCUCUGGCUGUUACUUAACUAGGAAGUGGGUCUGUAGCUUCAAUGUCAGCUUAGCAUGAUAGAGGUGAACAAAACCACUACCCUGGACACUUAGCACUCUGAUAGACAGGCCAUGUCUAUACUCUGGGACAUGGGAACAUGUCUCAGCUCCUGCCUGGAGGUGGAUGACUUUUCUGGUAGCCAGAAUUCUCCACCCAUGGAGGCAGCCUCCAUUUCUCAAAGGUGCCAUUUAAAGAGCUUGCUUUAGCAUCUUGGGUAAGUCAUUGCCUUGCCCCAUUUUCCUAGAUACUGCUCAGCCUGUGCUUCCUUCUUCUGACAUCAGUAUUUCUUCCAUAAUUUCUUCUCUUGUAGGACACUAAACAGCUGCUCUUUCUUUCCCUUGGAGGCAUUAGUUCUGCUUUCCCUUAGCCAAGCCCUGUGCAGAGAUGGGCUGUGAGCUGCGUCUGCCUAAAAGUCUGCCAGUGCCUGUCAGAUAGGAGGUGAGGCAGAAAUGAGCACUGGUGUUGAGAAGAUCAUUGCAGAUCUCACUCUCUCCUUUCAAAGGCACUUGGGGACAUGGUUCAGUGGGCAUGGUGGUGUUGGGCAGAGGUUUGGACUUGUUCUUAGAGGUCUUUUCCGACCUUAAUGUCUGUGUGCUUCUGUGAAGGUAGCCACUAGAGCGCACUGUGGUUUCAGAGGAGGGUAGAGGCUGUACAACUGCACCGUGUUUGACAGGCAGAUUGGACUGCUGCUGAUUUGUUGGAAUUUUUUGGCCUAUUUGUAAUGUUUUUUGCCUUCACUGUGUUUUCAGGCGAAUUUCAUUGCUGCCUACUCUUAUUCACCCUCUUGUUUAUACCUUUAUUAUUUUCAUAGAAUCGUAGAGUGGUUUGGGCUGGAAGGGACCUCCAAAGGUCAUCCAGUCCACCACCACUGCAGUCAGCAGGGAUGUCCUCCACUAGAUCAGCUUGCUCACAGCCUUCUCCAGACUCAUCUUGAAUAUCUCCAGGGAUGGAGUCUCAACAACCUCCCUGGGCCACCUGUUGCAGUGUUGCAGCACCCUCACGGUGCAGAACUUGUUCUAACAUCCAAUCUAAAUCUGCUCUUCUCUCAUUUCAAACCAUUGUCCCUCAUCCUAUCCCUGCAGGCCUUUGCAAACAGUCCCUCUGCAGCCGCCUUAUAGCCCCCUUCAGGUCCUGGCAGGCUGCUAUUAGGUCUGCCUGGAGCCUUCUCUCCUGCAGGCAGAGCAACCCCAGCUCCCUCAGCCUGUCCUCAGAGCAGAGCUGCUCCAGUCCCCUCAUCAUCUUCCUCUGGACCUGCUCCAUUGGGUCCAUGUACUGUGUUGAGGGUUCCAGAGCUGGACACAGCACUGCAGGUGAGGUCUCCCCAGAGCAGAGCAGAGAGGCAGAAUCAGCUCUCUCCAUCUCUGGCCAUGCUGCUUUUGAUGCAGCCCAGGCUGCCAUUGGCCUUCUGGACUCCAUGUGCCUAUUGCUGGCUCAUGCCCAGCUUCUCACCCAGCAGCAACCCCCAAGUACUUUUCUGCAGGGCUGCUCUCAAUCUCAUCAUCUCCCAGCCUGGAUUGAUACCUAGGAUUGCCCAAACCUAGGUGCAGGACCUUGCACUUUGUCUGAUUGAAGCUCAUGAGAUUCUCCUUAGCCUGCCUCUGCAGCCUGUCCCGGUCCCUCUGACUGGCACCAUCCUAUCCUUCAGUCUUACUAAGCACAUCACUCAGCUUGGUAUCAUCUGCACACUUGCUGAGGUUGCCUCAGUCUGCAUUUCUUGUGACAAGAGGACUUCACUGUAACCAGGACCAUGUGGCAUGGAUGUUGGUAACAGCUUGUUCAUUUAAGGUGAUCACUAAUUUUAUCCAACUGCACAUUUUUUAGUCACUUGUAUUCUUUCUAGGCACAGCAACAGGACUCUACAGAAGGAAUAACCUAACGACCUGUGUGUUAUUUAUAUGUGACUAGUUAGGGGGGGUGGGUGUAUUAUUCUGCAGUGCUUUUAAUUUAACUAGCCCUGAAGGAUGUGCUCUGUGCAAUAGUUCUGAAGAGAUACCAAAUAAAUAUUUUAUCAGA